UGCGAGGGCCCGGCCCGCCCGGCCCCGCCAUGCCGCUGCAGCCGCGGCUGCUCCGCACCUACUCGCGGCGCGCCGGCUACCUGCGCCCGCUGCCGCCGCCCGACCGAUGGAUCUCGCCGCCGCAGGACCGCAAGCGCCUCUUCAGCUCGACCUCCGCCGCCUCCAGCGCCGCCUCCAGCGCCCUCUCCGCUUCCAGCGCCGGCUCCACCCCCUCGGACGACCCCGACUUCUCGCCGCCCGGCAAGCGGCCCCUGCAGGCCCUCGGUAAGCGCCCCGCCUGGGCCCGGCGGCUGCGGACCCGCAGGAAGGAGAACCGGGGCCCGGCCGGGAAGGAGAACCGGAAGCCGGAGAACCGGGAGCGGGAGACGCGGGGCCGGGGAAAGGAGAACCGGGAGCCGCCGGGGAAGAAGAAGCAGAGCCAAGGCAAAGAGCCCCGCGGGCGCAGAGAGGAGCCCCGGCGCUCGCCGCCGUCGCUGUCCUCGCCCUCACCGUGCCCGUCCCCGUCCCCUCCGCGCGGUUCGCGGCGCCGCCGGCAGGGCCCGCUGUGCGCGGCGCGGCCGCCGCUGCUGUGCAGCACCCCGCAAUGGGCCCCGCUGCGGCUCAGCUCCACGGCCGACAGCGCCUCGGCGCCCGGGGACAGCCCCCCGCCCCGCCGCCGCCGCCGCUCGCCCCUGCGCCUCAGCUCGCUCCUGCUCAGCACCACCAUCGAGGGCGGCUCGGCGCUGGGCGAGUCCCGCUCGCAGCACCGGCUGCCCCGCGGCUCCCCCGAGGCGUGCUCCGGGCAGCGGCCGUCGCUGCUGAGUGCUGGCGAGGAGGUGCCUGAGUGGUUCCGAGCACAGGGCUCGGCUCGGAGCUGUGAGCCCCAGCCCGGGCUGCGGGGGUCCCGCCGCGUUCUGAGGUCGGCGGUGCGGGGACCCUGCCCGGCACAGGCUGUACCGUCCCCGCUGAAAGCCCCAAGCACUUCCCUGCCCCUGGAGGCUGAGCCACAGCCCCCUGCGCCCUGUGACAGUGGCACUCAUGAGGAGCCCUCUGAGGUCCCAUCUCAUCUCACAAGAGGUUCGGCAAAAAUAAGCUCGAGCUGUCAGAGAGACCUGGCCAAGGAGUACCAGCUUGUGCCAGUGGUGGUCCUGGACCCUCUGGAAGUGCCAAGGAGGUUGAAGAGCAUGAAACUCAACAACCUGGCUGAUGUUCAACCUGCCUGCCUGCAGCCAGGAUCUCCCGUGGGCCGCCAGGGGAUCUUGGAGAACAAGCACAAAAGGACCAGGGGUGUCCCUGGGGAGGGCAGCACCUGCAGGAAAGCUUGUAUCAGUGGCUUCAGCGCCAGCCGCUGGGGCAGGCACACCCGCCUCCGGCCCAGGAGGCGCAAGAACAAGAGGCGGCAGCAGCCCAACAAUUCCCUUUUCAGACUCCAGACGAGGCAAAAACUAACUCGGAGGGGAGCUCUGGAGUUGUCUGUAGGUGUCAGAGACAAUGACUCUUCACUCCUCAAUAACUCUUAUUCCUGGGCUAGAGUUCGAGCGUCUCUGUCCUUCCAUAAAAAGAAGAAAGUGACCACAGAUGAGAGUUUCUGCAGCAGCAUCCUCUGCACCCCUUCAGGGAAAUCCCAGCUUUCGGGGUACCAAGCCAGCCUGUCUGCUGGCAGAGCUCAGGGCUGCUCCUGGUUUGCUUCCUCCAUGGUCCUGCUGGCUCCCAGGGAUUCCUCCUCUGUCCUGGAGCUGCUCCUUACAGAUGCUGAGAAAGUGUUUGGAGAAUGCAACCAGGAGGGGCCUAUUGCUUUUGAGGAGUGCAUUCCUUUAAAUAAGAUGAAAGAGUGCAAGAAAAUUGGAGAAGGGGUGUUUGGAGAGGUGUUCCAGAUUGACAGCGAGAGAGGACCUGUGGCCUUAAAAAUAAUUCCCAUUGAGGGGACUGAAAAAGUAAAUGGUGAAGCUCAGAAGAGCUUUGGGGAGAUUCUGCCUGAGGUAAUCAUUUCAAAAGAGCUCAGUCUUCUGUCUGAGGGCUCUGUGAACAGAACUGUGGGCUUCAUCAGCCUCUACUCUGUGCACUGUGUCCAGGGGGCCUAUCCCAGGUAUCUCCUGGAAGCCUGGGACAAAUUCCACAAAGAAACAGGCUCAGAAAACGACCGGCCAGACUUUUUUGGGGCCCAGCAGCUGUUCAUGGUGCUGGAGUUCGAGUUUGGAGGCCGGGACCUGGAGCGCAUGAGGAGCAGCUUCUCCUCGGUGGCGUCAGCCAGGAGCAUCUUGCACCAGGUCACUGCAUCCCUGGCGGUGGCAGAGCAGGAGCUGCACUUUGAGCACAGGGACCUGCACUGGGGGAACGUGCUGGUCAGGAGCACAGAGCUGAGAGAGCUGCAGUAUGUGCUGAAUGGAGAGGCACACUCCAUCCCCACUGCUGGCCUCCACGUCAACAUCAUCGACUACACCCUGUCCCGCCUGGAGAAGGACGGGCUCACCGUCUUCUGUGACCUCUCCACGGACCUGGAGCUCUUCCAGGGCACUGGGGACCCCCAGUUUGACAUCUACAGGCAGAUGAAAGAGGAGAACUCCAACAGCUGGACUGACUACCACCCCCACAGCAAUGUCCUCUGGCUGCACUACCUGGCUGAUAAACUUCUGAAAGCCAUGAGCUACAAGAGGAAGGCAACAACUCCUGCCCUGAAGAAAAUCAAGAUGCAGCUCAGCAAGUUCCACAAGGAAGUGCUGACCUUUGGGUCUGCCCUUGAUGUUCUGCACCACAGCAGCCUCUUCCAGUGAGCAAGGACUGAGCCACUGGUGCUGCCUCCCUCCUCUGCUUUUUGUAUGUGUUGGCACAAUGAAGUGUUUUGAUUGGUUCCCAAUAUUUUUAAUACCUUAUCAAAAAUGUCCUAAAAAAUCCCCCCCAAUGUCUUCUAAGAUAUUUCCAUACCUGCUGGUUUUGAGGGGUGCUGGAAGGGAGACAGCAGAGCUGACUUUGGAGAAAGGAGGGGGAAAGAGACUUCUUCAGGCUCAGUUAAUGCUCUGAAUUUCACAUACAUUUUCUUACCAUUUUAGCCUUAGAUUAUUAAAAGUUCUUUUCUUACUGUAUUGUCGUUUUUUACAGAUUCUUUUUGUAAAGGUAAAAACUCUUCAGUUCUGGACAGUGAGGACAAGGGUUGAAUAUUGUUGGCUCACUGGAGACAGAAAGGAAAAUCCAUCCUUUGAUUUAAUUUCGGCUAAAUUUUUACCUGGAAUGAAAGUAUAAAAUGUAAAUAUGUGAAAUUUCUGUAAAGGGUUUUAAACCCACUAAUCUGCACUUAUUUGUUCUUUUUUUUCUUCCCCUUCUUUUAAGGACCGAGGAAGAGGUACCUGAUUGUGAAAAGAAAAGACAAAGUACCUGUGUUCCUGAUUUUUAAUGGUUAUAAUGUUGUGGUCUUGUGCACUGAUAGGAACUCGAAUCUGUAACCUGGUGGUAGCACUGAAGCAAUUUCUUCCUUUAUCUACAGAAGAAAAUGCCCAAGGUAAUAAAUGUCCUUUAGCCCUGACUGCAGGUGCACCAGGUGCCCCAAGCUGGAGGCUCUUACAUUAAAUCCCAAUUCCCUGUUUUCAAGAAGUCCUUUGCUGACAUUCCUGUUUAUUAAAGAAAUUGAGCUAAGGAGAACAAUAAAUCAAACUGAAGUGAAAAGUGAAUUAAAUUCUCAUCCUAUGACACAGAUGCAUUAAGAAAUUAAGAGGCAGCAUCAUCAAAUUCAUUAUAACUGCAAUGCUCUCCAUGCAGUCCAGUGAAUAAAUGUUGAAUUUGUGCAUCUCAAAGAUUCAUCUUGGACCCUCUCUUGAAGUCUCCUUUUUACAAACCCAACAAGGAGACCCUGGGGUGGUUUUAUUGUUCUGCCUUCCAGACACUGCAGAAAGUGACCUGACAAUCUGCAGUGCUGCAAAUUAUUGAGAUGGAAAUUGUGCUGGAAUGUUCCCAGGCAUCCUCUCAACCUUUUUUUUUCCCCCUCUAAUUGAAUAAAGUCAUGCACUGUAAUUGAAUGGUCUUAAAACCCACUUGGUAAGGUCUGCAGUGAAUGCUUAUCUGACAUCAAGGAGAGUUCCUCAGUCACAAUGGUGCUAAUUUCAUUUAUGCUUUAAAAGAAAAAAAAAAGGGAUGGAUGGAUGAAACCAUGUUAUUUUUUGCCUGCCUUGGUGCUUUGUUUCUGACUUGAGAACUGAUUUUGUCUGUACAGGAGGGAUGGGGGAUUGGCAGGAAUUAAUGCCAGAGAGGUGACAGCCCUCAGGGGGACCUGGUGCAGGAAUUUGGAGAUUCUGAAAGCUGAAGCCUCAGAAUGUUUCCCUGCAAACCAAGUUGCUGAUUUGUGAACAUGUAGUAAUUUUCAUUAAUCAAAAUGCAAAGCUUCUACCUCCCUCCCAAAACUGGACAAUAAAUUCAUAUA